AUGCGGGCUGAACUUGGUGACGAGCACACGUAUGAUUUUGUGGAAGGCACUAUCCCAUGGCUAAAAGCACCAGAUCUUGGGCCUUUAUUCUCCGAUGACGACGAUUACUUCUCGUACUUUGACCCUUCAGAUACACUAAGUCUUCAGAGGGCGAUAUUGGACCUGAGACGUUAUAUUCAAGUAGAGGGUCCUUUCGACGGGAUUAUCGCAUUUUCCCAAGGCGCCACUCUCGCCUCGACGCUACUCCUCGCUGAACACGGAAAACUGGGCAGCGAUCAAGAGGAGAACCACUCUAGUGCGUUCAAAUGUGCCAUAUUCCUGGCAGCGGGGUAUGCAUGGAGUUUUGAUGCUCUCCGAAACAACAAAUGGGCCCGAGUGGACGAAAAUUCUGGCCUACGAAUACGGAUACCGACAGCUCACGUGUGGGCCCACAACGACCAUUUAGGUCCAGAUGUUGGGACCACCGUUGCGGCCCUUUGUGUCCCAGAUACGCGGUACACUUACACCCAUGACGAAAGGCACACUGUACCCGGUAGAAGGUCACCAGAAAAGCUAAAUGCCACUUUGAAAAUAGUUCGUCGCGUCAUUUGGGAGGGGAGUUUGGCAACAGAAUACUAG